AUGACUGACCAGACACCUAUAAUCCUGCUUAUACAGCAGCUCCAACAAGAACUCCAGAAUCAAUAUAUUGAGAUCCAGCAACUACAUACAGACCUUAAUGCUUCACGUGCUGAUAUUCAGGAACUCUGUAUAAAGCUGCAGUACUCCCAAUCCCGAUCCCGCCUGCCUGACCCGCCUCACUUUAAUGGCAAGCCAUAUAUACUUCAUACGUGGCUUCCAUCUAUUAAAGCAAAACUAUAAUCAGAUCAG